UAACCCAUCACUCCGUACACGUGUCACUUACCACAAAUCAUUGAAAACAUCAUCAAACCCUGUCCCACAAACAUCAUCAACGUUCACAAACACUUUUAAAGCUUCAACCUUUGACCCUUUGCCACGUGGAGGGUUAUUGUUUAGGACUCAUGAUAAGGGUUGUUGUAGGGUAGUGUAGAGUGUGUGUGUAGAAUAGAAGAAGUAGUAGAGGAAGGUGUUUCGUUUUGUUUGUUUUUGUUGUGUGAGAAAAGAAAAAAGGAAUCUUUUUGAAGGUGGAAAUGAGAGUAUUGAGGUGAAGUGUUGGUGGGUUUUGCUUAGAUUUGUGAAAUGUGAUGAAGGUUUGAAUGGUAGGCCAUGGACUAUGCUGCACUUGAAGUUUACUUGGAUUUUUACUAGGGGGGAUCACAUUCUGAUUAGUGAUUUGGGAGGAAACUGGACAUGAGUAUGCUUGUGGGGAUAUGCUCGAACCGCGUGAAUCUGAUAUUCCUGUCCUGUUUCUGGUCCUGGUUGUACUUCCUUUGGUGGCUUAUAUCUUACUUGGAAAAUGGAGUGAGACUGCUAAGAAGAGAAAUAGGAUAAAUUUGCUUGCUCAAUUGGCUGCUGAAGAAGCCUUUAAAGCCGAAGCAAAAAUGGCUGUUGCUGAUGUAAUUCCCCCUCAACCUCAAGUUUUUUAUACUCCAAAAAAUUAUUCUCCAAAGAAUGAACUUCAUCAUGAGUGUGCUAGGUGUUCCGCUCCGGCUAAAACUCGCUGCUCCAGAUGCAAACUUGUUAGAUACUGCUCUGGGAAUUGUCAAAUAAUCCACUGGAGGCUAUUUCACAAACAAGAGUGUCUGCCAUUGGAAACUCAUAAUUCAAGCUCGUUUCCUAUGGCUUUUCCGGUUGAGGAAUUCGGUCACGGAAGUGCCUUUUACGAAAAUUCAAACAACCCUUACUUUGGUUGCAAUUUGAACCAGACUUUAAGGGCGAGUGAACCUUUGGACAAUUUGGUUCACCCUCCGACUGGCACCACCGCCGCUUCUGCUACAGUCGAUUUUUCUCCAUUUAAUGGUUCUCAACCUUCCGCUUUGGAGAGUAGACCUUCCCAUAAAUCCAACAGAGAAACACGGCGAAGAGAUAGCGGUUCUAUUUAUGAAUCUUCUGAUUGUAAAGCGACCACUUCUCAGGAGACAUUUAUGAGACAGAAGUCAAGAAAGAGUAAUGAUUCUGUGUCGGAGGAAGAAACCUCAAAGAUCAAUUCUAAUGGCUUUGGAGUAUAUACUCAUGAACAAGAUGGUUCAAGAAACACAAUGGAUGAGGAUGAUAACUAUCAAAAUCAAUAUGAAAAUGCAUUUGCACCAAGAAACAAAAACGGAAGCUAUAAUGUGUCGAGCGCUGCAAACAGUGAUGAAGGCGUUGAUGAAUUUGAAACAAACGUCGUCACCAAAGGAGGACACCAUCAUUCCGAUGAAGCAGCGCAACACAAAUGCUCCUCUGAAACGACAGUUAAAGGAAGUGCAAAGGCUAAAAAGCCAUCACAUACAUCAAAGGCCAAACUUUCUAAAUCACCAAAGUCAACAUCAAAGACGUCAAUAGACUUUUGUGACCCUGAAAUAGAGAAGAAAGGGAAAAUUCCUGAUGAACCGAAAGUUGCUGGAAGCAGAAGUACUCUCCCUUUGCAUGGUAUCAACGGCGUUACAAGUACUGGACUUAUGAAAAUGAUGGGUUUGAGGAAAUCAACAAAACAUACUGCACUAGCCUCCUCAGAAAGCAAUGGAGUAAGAUCCAAAAAGGCAAAGAAUAUAAAGAUGUUGUUUCCUUAUGAAGACUUUGUCAAGAUUUUCCAGAGUGAAAUCUUUGGCAUAUUCCCAAGGGGCCUUUUAAAUUGUGGGAACAGUUGUUAUGCCAAUGCUGUCUUGCAGUGCUUAACUUCUACAAAGCCUCUUGUCGUUUAUUUGCUUUAUGGAUCACAUUCGGAAUCCUGUUGUGCUAAAGAUUGGUGUCUCAUGUGUGAGUUAGAGCAGCACAUGAUGAUUUUGAGAGAAAUUGGCGCUCCUCUUUCUCCUAGUAGGAUACUUUGGCACAUGCGGAGCAUUAAUUGCAACAUGGGUGAUGGAAGUCAGGAAGAUGCCCAUGAAUUUUUAAGGCUUCUAGUUGCAUCGAUGCAAUCAAUAUGUUUAGAGGGACUUGGUGGUGAGAGAAAGGUUGAUCCUAGAUUGCAAGAAACAACUUUCAUACAACAUACUUUUGGUGGUCGUCUUCAAUCCAAGGUUAAGUGUUUGAAUUGUAGUCAUGAGUCAGAAAGGUAUGAGAACAUUAUGGACCUGACGUUGGAGAUUUUGGGUUGGGUUGAGUCACUCGAAGAUGCACUGACUCAGUUUACUUCCCCUGAAGAUUUGGAUGGAGAAAAUAUGUACAGAUGUGGAAGGUGCACUGCAUAUGUUCGAGCUAGAAAGCAACUGAGCAUACAUGAAGCCCCUAACAUCUUGACCAUUGUUUUGAAGAGGUUUCAGGAAGGAAGAUAUGGGAAAAUUAACAAGUGCAUAACUUUUCCUGAAAUGCUAGAUAUGAUUCCUUUUAUGACUGGGACGGGUGAUAUUCCUCCACUGUAUGUGCUUUAUGCCGUUGUUGUGCACCUCGACACACUGAAUGCGUCCUUCUCUGGACAUUAUGUUUCGUACGUGAAAGACCUACAAGGCAAUUGGUUCAGGAUAGAUGAUACCGAGGUUCAACCAGUACUAGUCAAUCAGGUGAUGUCAGAAGGAGCAUAUAUCUUAUUCUAUACGAGGUCUUCUCCCCGUCCACCAGCAGAAUUCACCGGGAAAGCUGCGCAGCAAUCAGUUUCUGAUUCUUCAAAGCUCUAUUCAUUGGAAACACAGAAACUGUCUAAACCAGGACAUAGCCGGCACGUCAGUCAAAGUUUUGUCUCCGAACCUUCACCAAAUACCAGGCCAGAAAUCGCCACUCACCUUAUGGACACCUCUAAUGGAUUUGUUAAAAGAAGCACAAAUAGAAAUGUCCAUCCAGUAAUACAAACCUAUGCCGAAAACGUCAGGCACGAGUUUUCAGAUGCCACCACAUCAAGUGACUGGUCCAUUUUCACAAGUUCAGAUGAAGCUUCUUUCACUACUGAGAGUACUAGGGACUCUUUCAGUACUGUGGACUAUGCUGAUCCCUUUUCCAACAUGGAUCCAAUUUCAUCUCUCUUCAAUUAUACACCAGAAAACAACAACUAUAUGAAGAUUUCACAUAGUAGGCCACUAACAAGGUUCUUCCCUAAGAAGGGUCAUAUUGAAAGAGUGCAGAAAACAACUAUAUGGGAGUCCUAACUGGUUGAAUGAUUAGAUGGAGUAGGUGCUUUGCCUCAAAAUUUUCAAUAUUUAGUUGAUUGAGGCAUAUAGCUCUUUUAAGCACAUAUGUAUCUUUAUUUUUUAUUUUUAUUGAUAAUUGUAAAAAUGACGGUAGUGAUCCUCUGAUUAUCUAUUAAUGCAUGGAAGUAUUUUUCUCGGAAUUUGGAUUUUCUGCAGUUGAAAUUACGCAGUCGCUGCAUAUCGGAACUGUUGAUGUCCGAAUGCAAGUUGCCUGAUCUCUAUCUAAUGGCUAGUAUUGGCCGACUGCAAUGAAUCCAGGUCCAUUAAGUAAAUUGUUUAUGAGAUUAUUAUCAUCAUACUAGUUACACAUUAUGUAUCAA